UCGUCUUGUUUCGUGCCGCGUCCGCGUCGCGUCUAUCGAGUCGCGCCAAUGCAACUUGAAAAUUUACGUCCGUCCGCGACGUGAUGCGUUCCACGCGUUGAAAUCUUUGAAAUUGUCAAUCAUAAACUCUACUUUACUCUACUCUCUCUCUCUCUCUCUCUACUUUACAGUCGUAACGAUUGCCCGGAUAUGUGUCGCAGCUACAUUCAGGCAUUAUAGCUUCGAGCUAUCUGUCACCCUGAAGAUAUCUGAUCAUCAUCGAUAAAAUAUCUGACAUGUUUCGGUACACAUGAGACAGCGAACUUGAUCGACCUCGCCUGGAAUACCUCACAUGUAUGUGUACUACAGAGUGAAACAUAAGAAGAGAGACUUGCGGGUCGUUUCACGAAUGACAAGUGCGUGUUAUAUACGCUAAUAAAGUUCAACGAAAUAUACGAAACGGUAUAUCGCUCCGAGUUCUGAAUUUUGCUACCGGAAGUGCCGCAAGUAUCGAAAGUGUCGAAAAGUACUUGAAAGUGUCGGAAGUGUCCUGAGCGAUACUGUCGAGGUCGCAAUAAUUUGAAACAUAAAUCGUAACGCAGGUAUAAGCAAAAUAAAAACGGAAAUGCAAAUCAAAUUUUCAGAUUCGAUGCAUACAUUCGCGCGCUUUAUAAUAAAUCGCUCAUUAAAAAUGAAAAGGACAAAGAAUCGAAAAAUUACUCGACUAUAUUUCUAAUCUUAGACAUGUACGAUAUAAUGACAAUAAUGAGCGUCUUGCAAAUUUCUAUGCAAAUAUUUGCGUUAGUAACAAUCGAUAUAAGUAUUAAAAGAAAGGAAAGGAAUUAUACGAAAAAGGAUAAAAAAGAGACACUUCAACGAUUAUUGAUAUUACUUGCACAAAUAUUUUACCAAAUAUCAAUGUAUAUUGAAAGUAUAUUAGAAAUCUUUUUUACGAGACAAACGAACACGCGAAAUGGUACCGUCAUGUCGAAUCACUCGGAUAACAUUGGCUUUUCUUCCUUUCUUCAUCAGAAUGAUGUUCCCGUUAGUCGUACAUUGCCAAUGUGUCGAUCAGUUUCUCUAUUAUUUUUUCUGUCAAAUGCAAUUGAGAUUCUGGAUUCGAAACCUGUUCCACACACGGACUACACUCCCGCUCGUUCUCCGAGUUCAAUGGCAUUCGCCACUUGGGCCACAGACAUUGUACAGACAUUUUUCUCAAGCGACGCAUACGCGAGGACAAAAGGUGUACUUGAAUUCUGUCUGACGGUAAUGCUACAUUUGCGAAUAUAACGAUUCGAAAGAUUCCUCUCCGCGUGAUAAGAAUAUUUCUUCUAUACAACGAGAAUAAAACUUGGCGAAGCUUAUUUGUCAAAAUUUCUCAGACAGCUAUUUACGCAUCCGUUAAAAAGUUAUAAAUCAGACCUGUUGCUGGUUAGCCUAUGUCUAUUACAGAUUGUUCGAUUCAAGCGGGAACUAUAUAAAGUAACGGUAGAAGCGGAUACCAAGCAAGCCGAUUACCGCUAUACAUAUUUAUGAUAGUUUGAUAUUCUUCACCUGUCAUGGAAUUAACGCCGUGCGGAAAAUCAUUUCGGGACUCUAGACUCGCGAUCGCAAUUUUGAUGAGUUUAUUUUCAAAAUGCUUUCCGCAUCUUCUUGUGCAUGAUUUUUCCAUCGAUAAAUGUCUGGUUGACAUUGCGUGUUGCCAACUUUUAUUAUUAAUACACUUUUGAUGAACACAAACGCAUCGAGCGGAUAAACGUACGCCAGUCAGGCAAAAGAGAUACAAAGGGAUCGAGGAAGGAGGAAAGCGAUGGUGGUGGAGUGGCUAUGUCCUGGACUCAGGCCGACCAGGAGCAACAGGCCUCGUCUUUUACACUGUAAAGUGAUACUUCUGGACGAGCACGAAUUAUUACAAGACGUCUUGAGCUCGAACCUAGGUCAAGAAUUGUUGGAUAGAGUAUUCAAGCAUCUUAAUUUACUGGAAACUUCUUAUUUUGGAUUACGCUAUCUUGAUCACGGAAAUCAAACGCAAUGGCUCGAUCAGAGCAAAAAGCUCGGUAAGCAAUUGAAGGCUCAUAAAGGAGAUCCUGGAACGGAUGUUCACACUCUCUACUUUGGAGUUAAAUUUUAUGCGGCAGAUCCGUGUAAACUCAUUGAAGAGAUUACUAGAUACCAGUUUUUUCUACAAAUCAAGCAAGAUAUUCUGCAAGGAAGACUGCCCGUAUCCUUUGAUUUAGUUGCGGAAUUGGGAGCCUACGUUGUUCAAUCGGAACUUGGUGAUUAUGAUCCUAGACGACACUCGCCUGGAUAUGUCACGGAAUUUCGGUUCCUCGCCAAUCAAACUACGGAACUGGAGAAUCGUAUAGUAGAAAUCCAUAAAACUCUUAUAGGACAAUUACCCUCAACGGCAGAAUUAAAUUAUCUGGAUAAAGUAAAAUGGUUGGAAAUGUAUGGGGUAGAUUUACAUCCUGUAUUGGGUGAGGAUAGCGUGGAAUAUUUUUUGGGCUUAACACCGAGCGGAAUAAUAUUGCUGCGCAACAAAACUAAAGUAGGAAAUUACUAUUGGCCUCGAAUUAAUAAAAUCUACUAUAAGGGUAGAUAUUUCAUGCUGAGAGUGAGUGAAAAAAAUUCUGAAGAGAGAACACACGGUUUCGAGACACCAUCGAAAGGGGCCUGUCGCCAUCUCUGGAAAUGUUGUUUGGAGCAUCAAGCUUUUUUCCGAUUAAUGGCAACCGGUCCACCGCCUCUAAGUCCAUAUUCUCGUUUUCAUUCAUACAGUCCUCCGUCCACUUUAGAGAAACAUACCGCUAUUAGGCGAAAUCCACCGCCGUUUCAAAGAACUCCCAGUCGGAGAGCACAAAGACGAGUUGUGGAAGGUCAAGAAAUGGUCGGAUCAUUCAUCGAAACACCCGUCGCCGUAAUCACGAAUCCAAAUUGCAAUUCAUCUAGCGGUAAUGUUCCGUGCAAUACGCAAAGGCAGAUAAACACAUCGAGUCCGAGAAGCACGAGAAGUGCACCGUGGACGCAGAGUCAACCCCGUGGUCUUUACACCUCGUCUAGUCCUCGCUCAGUUCGCUCCGCAGGAACGGCGCCGGCACUCUUAAGUAGACUUCAACGUCGCAGUAGUUCGGUAGAGAGUCAAAGCUCAGGAGAUAGUCAUAGUCGCGGUGGUCACCGUAGAAGAAGUCAUAGUCAUAGUCACCGUCGACACAGCAGACAUUCCGACUGCGAAUCUGAACUUUCAAGAUGUUCGGACACAAGAUCCGGCCAUCGGAAACACCGUAGAAAACACAGGAAUUCCCGUUCCAGCAGACACGAGUUAGUAGAUUCGGAGCCACAAUGGAGAGAAGCGCAGAAACGAAAAGGAGAAGGCGUGCAAAAAGCUAUCGUGAGUCACACAGAACCUAGAAGAAGACACAGAAGCAGACAUCGAAGUCCUUCCCAAAAACAAUCACUUCCGGAUGAACUUCGAAAACACUUGGAAUUUGGCCUAGUCGAUACUAGUGGAAUGAGUGAGCAGCAACGUCGAGAGAUAUCCUACACAGUGGUACAAUCGCAGUCUGUACAACAAUCUCCUCUACAAUCUAACAAUUCUCGAUUGGACGACACAGAUUCAUCGUCCCUACCUAGAACUAUUGGAUCCAUUGGCAAAAGAGAAAGAAGAAUCGUGCGGCAUAAUCAUGAUGGAAGUGCUUAUAAUUUGCUAUCCGCAACAUCCAAUCGAGUCGAGGCAAAAUCUCUCAGAGUUCCAAACAAUUGUAACAUCAAGAGGGAUUUUUAUUAUACUCGUAACCACAGAGUGUCAAUAGGGAAUAAUACAGACAGUGGACUCGGGGAGAGCACACCGCAGGAUUUUUCAAGUUGCCGCUCGAGUUCUGCAGACAGCAAUAAACCUAUUCACAUAACACAAAUGCAAUUAGGGGGAGAGGUACUCUAUGAACUGCCUUCAAAUCAAGAAAUCUAUCCUCCUAUUGACACUACUUUGGAUGCUGUUCUUCAACCCAUUAUAUCAACUUUAACAAGGAGGCAACGGAAUCAUCCACAAUAAUCACAAAAUUUUAAUACAAAAUAAAGCAGUUUCACAGUUAUCAUAUAUUGUAUAUUUAAGAAAGUUUCAUACCUAAAACAAAUUUAAUAUCUCUCCAUGGACC